GGACCCAGCAUCCCGGGAUCGAGAAGCCGGAUUAGUAUGUGAUCGGGGCGCUGAUCGGAGGGCGCGAGGCGGGGGUGUCGUGGAGGGGUUCUGGAUGUGGAGCCAGCGCUCGUGCGUCUGACCACGAGUUCGUGUUUGUUUACGAAAUUAAAAAGCGGUAAAAUAAAUAAAUAAACAAAUAAAGAAAAUGUCGGCUCUGUUCUGGUUCUGGCUCCCGGACCCGAGGAUCGAGGCUGGAGGCGGACUGAAGCUCCGGAGCGCCUGAACGCAGCACCGACAAGCGCGCGCUGCUCCGAAUCGGUUUUCUCUCUAAUCACCGCGUCGUCGUUCACCUGCGCUCACCUGAGAGGACACAUGUCUCAGAUGCACCAUGCGACUCUGGACCACCACCACCACCAGCAACAACAGCAGCAGCAGCAGCAGCAGCAGCCGGGUCAGUACAACCAGAUCUGCACCCGCACCAGCAGCUGCGGGUCCCCGGCCCCCGCAGAGGGCAGCGAGCCGCCGUCCUGCCCGGCCCACAGGAGCCGGAACCCCCGGAGGAAGUGGCAGGUGUUCCCGGGGAGGAACCGCUUCUACUGCGGCGGGAGGAUCAUGAUGGCGAGGCAGACCGGGGUCUUCUACCUGACCCUGGUCCUCAUCCUGCUCACCAGCGGCCUCUUCUUCACCUUCGACUGUCCCUUCCUGGCGUCCAACCUGACCCCGGCCAUCCCAGCAGUAGGCGGUAUCCUCUUUGUCUUCGUCAUGGGGAUGCUGUUCAGGGCGAGUUUCAGUGACCCCGGCGUUCUACCCCGAGCCACACCAGACGAGGCCGCCGACCUGGAGAGGCAGAUUGACUCGGCGGGCUGCUCCAGACCUCCGCCUCGCACCAGAGAGGUCCUCAUCAACGGACAGACUGUCAAACUAAAAUAUUGCUUCACCUGCAAAAUCUUCAGGCCGCCUCGAGCGUCACACUGCAGCCUGUGUGACAACUGUGUGGAGCGUUUCGACCAUCACUGUCCUUGGGUGGGGAACUGCGUUGGACGGAGGAACUAUCGUUUCUUCUACCUGUUCAUCCUCUCCCUCUCCUUCCUCACCAUCUUCAUCUUUGCCUUCGUCAUCACACAUGUCAUCCUCAGAUCAAACCGGACAGGUUUCCUGAGCGCACUCAAAGACAGCCCUGCCAGCGUCCUGGAGGUGGUGGUGUGUUUCUUCUCUGUCUGGUCCAUUGUCGGCCUGUCGGGCUUCCACACCUACCUGAUCAGCUCCAACCAGACCACCAAUGAGGACAUUAAAGGGUCCUGGUCCACCAAGCGAGGGAAGGACAACUACAACCCCUACAGCUAUGGAAACAUCCUGACCAACUGCUGUGCUGCCCUGUGUGGACCUCUGCCGCCCAGUCUGAUUGACAGGAGGGGUCUGAUUCAGUGUGACACACCACACACCGUCUCCCAGUCUAACGGGACCAGCAGCAACAGCUACGCCUCCACUCAGCUCCACAGUCACAUGUGCGAUCAGGAUCAGUGUAUCCAGAGCACCAAGUUCGUCCUGCAGGCUGCAGCCACCCCUCUGCUGCACAGCGACCCCGUGGUUCUGGCCCCUCUGCCUGGGAAGACCACCACGCUGGGGGGCCCCUGCGCCUACCUGGCCCCCACCCAGCCGUCCCUGCCAUCCUGCGGCGGAGACGUCCUGACUCUAAGGGACGCCGCUGUCGACUCCCACUGCCACCACCACCUCCACCAUCAUCACCACCAUCACCACCACCACUUUGUCAGCCCAGAGGAGACGCCCUGCACCACUCCGCAGGGUGCCCUGCCCUGCCCUGCCCACCUGCACCUGCACCCCCAACCCCACCCACCUGUCCCCUCCCCCGCCACCCUGUACGACCCCGCCAGUCAGGACGCUCUGCACGAGGACUCGGUCAGAGGGCUGGUGAAGCUCAGCUCCGUCUGAUAAGCCAUUUCUUUCAUUCGACUGACCCGUGUGACUUCAAUGUGACCCUUUAAUUUUGAUAGUUUUUCAUACAUCUGACUUUAUGUCCAUCUUCACUUUGUGAAAAAAAAAUCCCAGGAAUUAAAAAAAUAAAGUCAUUAUAUUGUAAAAAAAUAAAUAAAUGACUGAGUAGCACGAAUGUUGUGUGGAUGAUAAAAAAAAAAAAGAAAAAGAAAUGGAAACAGCAUCAGUGAAUAAAUGAUGACGCACAUGAAGCCUGAGACUUAAACGUACUCUGAAGCUUCCAGUGAAGAGACAAAUACAUCAAAUAUGCUUUUUCUUUUAACCAUUUUCUGGAAAUCCAGGUAACAUCUGAGUUUUGUUUAGAUUAAAACUUCAUGUGUCAA